CCAAACAAACAAUCAAAAUCAGUACUCUUAUCUCUCCCUCUCCACCAUUUUCGCUCUCAAUCAGUUUUUUCCAACAACAAAAGAAAUGCACAAAGUGCCUUCAGCUUCAUCGCUGGGGCCGGGCGGCCUGGACCUAACCCAGUCCUUCUUCACGCCGAUCCAGAACACUGCCCCACCGUCCUCCACAAAGGGGCACACCAAAAUCUCCGUCAUCGGCGUCGGCAACGUCGGGAUGGCGAUCGCACAGACCAUCCUCACCCAGGACCUAGCCGACGAGCUCGCCCUCGUCGACGCCGUAAAAGACAAGCUCCGCGGCGAGAUGCUCGACCUCCAGCACGCCGCCGCUUUCCUCCCGCUCACCAAGAUCCUCUCCUCGACCGAUUACACCGUCACCGCCGGAUCCGACCUCUGCAUCGUCACCGCCGGCGCCCGCCAGAACCCCGGGGAGUCCAGGCUCAAUCUCCUCCAACGAAACAAGCUGUCCGGGUUCCCCUCGAACCGGGUCAUUGGGUCUGGUACUAACCUGGAUAGUUCCCGGUUCCGGUUCUUGAUCGCUGACCACCUCGAUGUCAAUGCCCAGGACGUCCAGGCGUACAUUGUGGGGGAGCACGGCGACAGCUCGGUGGCGCUGUGGUCGAGCAUAAGCGUGGGCGGGGUACCGGUGGUGAGUUACCUGGAGAAGCAACAGAUCCCGUGCGAGAAGGAGACACUGGAGCGGAUCCACAAGGAGGUGGUGGGAUCCGCGUACGAGGUGAUCAGAUUGAAGGGCUACACGUCGUGGGCGAUCGGCUACUCGGCAGCGAAUCUGGCGUUUUCGAUCCUCAGGAACCAGAGGAAGAUCCACCCGGUCACUGUACUGGCCAACGGGUUCUACGGGAUUGGACCGGGGGCAGGCGGAGGAGAGGUGUUUUUGAGCUUGCCGGCUCUGCUGGGGAGAGGCGGCGCGUUGGCGGUGACCAAUGUGCACAUGACGGAGGAGGAGGCGCAGCGGCUCAGGGACUCCGCCAAGACUCUGCUCGAGUUGCAGAGGCAGUUGGAGAUUUAAAGAUAAGUGUAGUAGUCAUUUUGGAAGGUGCAUGUGUUAUGUGUAUGUACAUGUAAGGAAAGGAGCUGUUGUGUAGUUUCAAGUACUUUUGUGUCCCACGUCAAUAUGAGUUGUUUUUGGUAUCUACCUAGUUGAGAAUGAGAAUUCAUUGAUGACCUGGUGAAUGUUUUAUGUUAGUAUCAUUAAUGCGAUGAAUCGAUAAGGUAAAGUGACAAAUUUUUAUACCGACAGAUGAUGGGGAAAGAUCUAUGAACAGUUGGUAAGUAGCUGGCAAUUCAAAUUCAUGAAUGUGGGUAGUGAUCUACUCACUACGAGGAAUCUCCGCAAUAACUGGGUAUGUGUAAAUGUUUUAGGUUGUAUCAUUAAUGUGAUGAAUCGAUAAGGUAAAGCGCUUUAGGCAAAUUCUCAACGAGAAAGAUUUAUGAACGAUUGAUAAGUAGUGAUGGCAAUCAAACCUAUGAUUGUGGGUAUUCGAUCGUCCUGACCUAGACAACGUGGGGAAUCUUCGCAUUGAAUGAGUAUGGCAAAAACCCGCAAAUUUUUUUUAUGGGUAUGAGGUGGUUAUGAUUUUAAAAGUAAUUCGAGAAAAUAAAUAAUAGAAAUGCAAUUGAGUGGCCACCCAAAUCAAAACCUAAUACAUUUCCCUCAAUCCUCCCUUCACUCUUUCACUUUUCCCCCUUGUUAACAAUAUUAUGUUAGUUAACUGUUAUUUAGUAAAUGUAUGAGAGUUAGAGAAUAACAAUUUUUAAAAUAUUGUACUCUAUCUUAUGGAUUAAUGUAUGUUUUAGGAUCAAUGCUUUGAACUGUAUUAAGAAUGAUUGUAUCUUUGUUAACUUUUUUUAUAAAACUCUUUCGCCGUUAAUGAAUUCGGUAAGGAAAGGAAGGGUAUAGCCUCAUGGUCAAUUGAAUAAGCACUUCCCUCAAAAUUCGUCCAACUCGAAAUAAGAGGCUUUGCCUUGGUCUUUAUUGCGCACUAGUUGGGCGGUUUGAAUGAGAAAGUGUUAUCGCUUAAUAUACCAAUCACUUUCUUUCGGGAAUGAGAAUGGUAUUCCCAGCUAACUAAGGGACAUAACAUAGCCUCUAUUAUUUCAUUAAAGAGUUGAAAUAGUAAAGGAGUCAGCUAAAAGCUGUGAAAUCAAGAAAAUAUGUGGUCUAGAGUCCCACACUUUAGUUUCAUCCCACCUACAGGAUGUAUGGGCUAUAAGAUAAGCAGCUGUAUUAAUUGCCUGACCCGAGAACAAUACCUGGACCGAGCCCAAAUCCUUCAUCCUUUCUCUAAAUUCAUCGCAGGCGAUCCCCUCUUCCGUCAGCGCCAUUUCCUCCUUCUGGAUCUUCUGAACUGCAUUCAGGCAAUCUGUCGCUAUUUCAUAGGGACUGAAAUAAUUUUCCAUCGCCAAAUCAAUCCCCCACCGUAUCGCCAUACACUCUGCCAUCUCCGGUGACCACUGGAUCCGGCUUCUUCUCACUGCGGCGAGGCAUAAAUUGCUCUCCUUGUCCUUUAUCACCAGACCAAAUCCAUAUCCCUCUCCCUCAAAGCAUGCAGCGCCAAUAUUCACAUUGGAAACCAUCGAAGGGGAUAUCCAGCGGUACUCCCCCUACUCCUGACCAUCCAUCUUCUAAUGAUGGUAUUCCAGGUAUUCUGAUAAUCAUCGCCUGCUUUACCCAUAAUCUCGAACUCUUCUAAUUUCUUCUUCAUCCAUAGCUGACUAUUUUGUUCUUCCUAGAUGAACGAGAGCGCCACGAGGUACUUCCCAAUAUGAUCGUCAGAGACUGUCGCUUGAAGCUCCGCAUCCACUCCUCAUAGGUAAUGUUCUGCUCUACUUCAAACAUCUGUCUGAGUGAACUAGGACCCCAGACCCUUCGAACCCAUCUGCAUUCCUGGAAGAGAUGCUUUUGGGUUUCCUUUAGCCCACAGAAGGGGCCAUCGUCCCAUUCUUUAUCAAUUCGAUCAACGAUGUUUGCUCCAGCAGGGAGAACAUUUUUUAUCCAUCUCCACGCAAAGAUCUUUACCUUAGGGGGAAUAGUAAGUUUCUAAAUUCGAUCCCAGUCAAUAGGUGUAUAGAGUUCGCCCACCUCGUCUUCAUGUAUGUUAAACCAAUGGUAGUAAUCCGAUUUGACUGAAUACCUUCCUGAUUUUUCAAAAGCCCAAAUUCUUUUGCCUUCAGCUGGUUGUCUGGGUAUUUGAAUCUUGAGAAUUCGUUGUCUAUCAAUGGGAGUGAAGCGAGAUUGAAGCGUAGAAUAUUUCCAAAUCAUGUUUUCUAAGUCCAUAAGCUCACAGACUGAUGUAGUGGGAGCAAAAAGGGUUUGGGGUGAUUCAACUUUGUAGUUCAUCGCUAUGGGCACCGAUUUGUCAUGCCAUAUGUCAACUUUGUGACGGUUACCAAUCCUCCAUCUUAGUCCAGCUCUCACUACCCCUUUGUUGCUAGAACACUUCUCCAAAUAUAUCUAGGAUUAUAACCCUCCUCUGCUUCCAAUACAUCUCUAUUUGGGUAGUAUUUGGCUUUGUAAACAUGAGCCACCAAGGAAUCAGGGUUCAGAAUAAGAUUCCACAAUUGCUUACCUAGAAGUGUUAGAUUGAAGUCUUGGAGAUUUCUCCAACCUAGCCCUCCCUUAUACUUUUGCAAGCACAUUUCCUUCCAACUCACCUAAUGAGUUCUGAUAUCCACCCCCUGCUGGCCCCACCAGAAGUUUGAAAUCAGACUCUGUACUUCCUUUGUAAUUGCCACAGGGACUAGAAAAACUUGCAUCACAUAAUUCAUCUGAGUUUGGGCUACUGCCUUGAUUAAAACUUCCUUCCCUCCAUAAGACAACAAUUUGCUCUUCCAUAGCUUUACCUUUUUGCGAACUAUGUCAACCAAAUAGUUGAAUACAUCCUUCUUUUGUCUCCUAAUCAUAGUUGGAAGUCCCAGAUAUUUAGGAUGAUAAUCAACCACCUUCAUACCCAUUAUAGUUCCAAACUCAAUCCUUAUAUUGUGAUCAACAUUUGGCGAAAAAAGGAGAUUUCUUAUUUCAUCAGGUUAACUUUCUGCCCACUUUCUUCCUCGUAGAUAUUCAAGAUAGCCCUUAAAUGUCCAUACUCUUCCUUCGUAGCCUUUGAAAAAAGAACACUAUUAUCCGCAAAGAGUAGAUGACUAAUAGAUGGAGCUCCUCUUUUUACACAAAUUCCUUUUAUUUUCUUUACCCUUUCUGCUUGUGUUAAGAGAUCAUAUAGGCCUUCUGCAAUAAAAAGAAACAAGUAGGGUGAAAUGGGGUUGCCUUGCCUCAGACCUCUAGUUGGAAAAAACGUCUCAGUUUAGUGACCAUUCACAAGUAUCGAGUAGGACACUGUCCAGACACAAUGCAUAAUCAUAGCCACCCAUCUUUCAUGAAAACCAAGCUUCUUCAUCACCCUUCCAUAAAACUCCAUUCAACUCUGUCGUAUGCUUUGGAAAUAUACAACUUUGCCGACAUGAAGCCUUUCUUUCCUUGAGUUCUGUUUUUCAUUGAGUGGAAAUACUCAAAAGCUACCAUGACAUUGUCUGUUAUGAGUCUGCCCGAGACGAAUGCACUAUGAAAUUCACUAAUCACCUCAUUCAAAACUCCCUUUAGUCUAAUAGCAAGAACUUUAGAAAGAAUCUUGUAAAGUACCUUGCAAAGACUAAUAGGUCGAAAAUCCUGGGUGAUUCCACUACCUUCUUCUUAGGGAUCAGAGCAAUCAGCGUAUGGUUGAGUGUUUGUGGGAAAGAUCUUUCAUUAAGAAAUUAUUGUAGCUCUUUGGUCACAUCUUGUCCCACCACAUCCCAGUUCUUCUGAAAGAACAAGGCUGUCAUGCCAUCUGCCCUAGAUGCUUUGUGUGGUCCCAUCUUCUUUAAUGCCCUCCAAAUCUCAUCCUUGGUAAAAGGUUUCAAGAGUUCCUCAUUCAUCGCAGGGGAAACUUUUCAUUGGAUAGCUUCCAAAAUUCUGGCAGAGGGUAUUGCAUUACAUGCACAAAAGAGAAACUUAAAGUAGUUAGUUAGGCACCCCGCCAUUGCCUCCUGUCCUUCCUUCACCUCUCCAUUAUCUUUCACCAGCUUAGAUAUAGUAUUUCUAUUUUUGCUAUCUAAAGCCUUACGAUGGAAGAACUUCGUAUUCUUAUCUCCCUCCUUGAACUAGUCAACACUUAACCUCUGUCUCCACAUCAGUUCUUCCUGAAUUAAUAUCUCAUUCAACUCCCUCUCAAGGGCUUCCUCUAGAUAACUACCGCAGCAGUUGACCUGCUUGCACUAAGUUUAUCAAAGGCCCUUUAAGCUUUAUAUUUCCUGUCUCCCAUGUCCACAAAUGUCCUCUUGCUCCAUUCUAAUAGUUGUCCCUCACACGUCUUGAUUUUUUCUAUAUGUGAGAUACUUUGUCCAGCUUGCCACGUCUCAGUUAUGACUUGUUUGCAAUCCACAUGAUUUUUCCAGUAUGACUCAAAAUGAAAGCUCCAUCCCCAUUUUAUGUCCUGAUUUACCAGCCUAGUUUGAAGAAAAAUAGGAGCAUCGUCUGAUCUACUUCUCCAAAGAUGGUAAACUCUUGCGUUGGGGUAGUAAGAUUGCCACGAAGCCGUGGCAACCAUUCUGUCCAGCCUAUGCUCUAGGUAGGUGUCAUCAGUUGAUUAUUUGCCCACGUAAAGAUCUUCCCAUAAUAUCUUAAAUCCUCCAACUUGCAAUCCUCCAAUGCAUCAUUAAAAAUAUCCAUCUCGGCAACGUUUGGAAGGUUUAAGCCAUUCUUCUCUUUAUAUCUUUGAAUGAGAUUGAAAUCACCACAUACAAGCCAAGGUAAAUCUGUCAUAUCUCUUAAUUCCCUGAGUAGGGUGGACAUCAUGUGUUAUUAUCUUGUUCAAGCCACCCAUAAAUACCAGUCAGCCUCCACUGAAAGCCUCCAUCUGUCACACACACAUCAAUAUGAUUAGUAUACUUAGAUUUUACCACCACCUGCACUUCCUGACUCUAUAAAAUCAACAGUCCCCCCGCCCUUUCUACCUAUCCUACUCCUUUUCCUUUCUUCCAUCCUAACUCUUUGAUCACUGCCUCCCACUCAUGUUCCUGUUUUUUAGUUUUCAUUAGAAAGGCAAUCUUGGGAUUUUCACGACGAAGCAAUUUCUCCACUCUUUAUUUGCCUGGGAAUUCCUCAACCCCCAACAAUUAUAACUUAGGACGUUUAUUGGGCUAGGUGGCAUUGCCAGGUGAUUCGGGCCCAAAUGUAGACAUUUUACCCCUCAUUUCUUAUUUGUUUAGCUAAGUAUUUCAUCAUUCCUCGACAUAUUUCACGUUAGGUUGUGUUUGUUUUGAUACAUUUUAGGACCUAGCACGUGUGGAAGGGUCGAGGUCGAAUUUUGGGAUAAUUGGAGGUCAAAAAGUGCAAAAUCCGAAGUAAAGUCUGAAGUCCGUGACAAUUGCCUCGUAACAGUGAAGUGAAGCCCUCCCAGGAAACAACCGCAGUUCAUGGCCGGACGAGGCAGUUCAUGGUCUUCUAAGACCAUGAACUUCGACCACAAACCGUGAACACCGAGGCGUCCAACGAGGUUCCUGAAGUUACUGACGACAAGGCAGUUCACGGUCUCUAAGACCGUGAACCUAGGAAGCAAGGCGGUGCGUUUUGGAGACGACUGAGUUCACGAACGCGUUUAGGUGUUCAUGACCGUGAACUGGCCAACGCGUCCGUGAACAGAUCGCUUUCGGGUAAUUAUGAAGACAACAGCGGGGAGAGAAAAAGGGGAGCUGGUUUUUGGAGAAGAAUUGGUUUCUUUCUCUAGGGUUUGCCCAUAAACACCAAAGGGGAGUUCUAGUGAUAAAGAGAGUGCUAUAGUGAUCUUGGAGCAUCAUUGGAGGCUUGGGUGGAGAUUCAAGCCUAGAAGAAGAAGAAGAAGAUCUAGAAACUCACUCUUUUCUCUUGGGUGUUUUCGAUCCCUAACUAAUACGUUGUAAUUACUUGUUUGGAUUGAAUGAUUAAGUGUGGGUUUGAAUCAAUUUGAGUAUUAGAGGUGUUUUCAUGGAUUGUGCAUGUUUGUGCUUAGCAAUCCAAGGGUUGUGCAUGCUUGUGCUUAGAAAUCUAGGUUAGGGACCCUUGACUCAAGUUUGCAUCUAGGUUGGUUGUGAUUAAGCUGCUCAAACUCCAAUUUGAGGGAGAGACCUAGGCAACCACUAGUGACUUAGUGAGAGGAUCAAUCCCGUGACAAAUCGACCUCCAGUGAAUCCAUCCCAUGACAAAUGGAUCACUAGUUGCUCCUCCUAGUGGUUUCCCUAGACUUGUUGAGUGGAUCGAUCCCGUGACAAAUCGAUCGCUAGUAAUUUGAUUCCAUGACACAUCUAUCACUAGUUUCUCACCCCCGUGGUUCACAACCACUCACGCCACACGACUCCAUUCAAUCCCACGAGCCAUGGUAGCUAGUUAGGGGGAAGCAACUCCUGAGUGAAGCUCCCUUAAUUAGACUUUUCCUUUAUUUACUUUUCUUUGCUUGUUUAGUUUGUAUUUCCAUUAAUCAUAAACCCAAAACCGUUUUGAUAGAUAACAACUUAAGCGAUUGAAGAACGGGUAUAUGGAUCACCCGAGUCGAUAUUUAAAUACUUGCACUAUACUGCACCAGGCUAGAGUUUAAGAACUUGGACUCUAGUCGGGAUUAAUUUGUGGUGUAGUUUCGUACGAGUCACCUGGUUGCCAGGUCCGCCUCACCGCCAUCCUUCUUUGUUUUAUCAUCUUCCAACAAUGUAGUAACAUCCUUCUUGUUCUCAGUCUUCACCUGACCCUCCUUUGGAUAUGAUUAAUAUGAAAAUUGAGAACCUUUGCCUUCUAGCACCCCCUUCUUGUCCCCACCUCUUUCACUACUCUCACCAUCAGAAAUUUGAGGCUCCAGCUCCCUCUUCUGGGGUGUCAGUUGUGUCAUGGGUUUAUCCACAUGUCUACUUUGGCGUGAUUGUCGAGCCCACUUUCUCUGUUUGAUGUUAUGUGGUAACGGUUUAUCCAUUUUUCCCGUAGAGAAAAUCAGCUCCUCUUUACCAGAAUUAAAAAGCUUUUUCCAUCAGGUCCACAGUAUGAGUGUUGGAUUCUGUAUUUGUUAACUCCUCUUUUUGCUCAUUAGCGUGGCGACGAUUCCAAAUAUCCUCAGCUGAAACAAUGUACCCUUCCUUUGUAUAUUUUUUUUGCAUGUGCAAUGAGUAAACAUUCUUCUUUUCUCUUCGUUCCUGGCUUGUUGGUAACUUACUGAGUUCAGAGAGGCCUCCUUCCCUAACUGGGAUGGAUUUCCUUUUCGGUAUUUGGCCUCUUCCAAUUUCAUUCUUGCAGUAAUAGCUUCUCUAUCAAAUUUCACUCUCAAUGCCAUCCAUAGCUCAUCUGACUCCUCAUUCUCUUGUUUGGAUUGUCAGGAUUGAUUUUGAAGAGGGCCCACACGCAGCUCCGGUUUGAAUAAAUCCUUCCCAUCCGCUAGAGGGGUAGGGCAUUACAGUUUUGGGCGGCCUACUUUUCCAUAGAAAAAACAGAACAAAGGUCAUUUCUCGUAUUUAACAGUGAAACUCAUAACCUCGCCUUGAACCUUGAGCUUCAGCUCCUGUUUUAGAGGUAUCCUUAUAUUAUUUCCAAUCCUUAAGCGCAGGAAAUCUUCCAGUAAACUAUCCAUUUUGUUGUUAAACCAUAUGAAUAUGCCAAAACGGGUUGCAAUCUUUUGCGCCAUCUCAAUAGUAUUCAAAGGCACAGUUAAUCAUAUAUUCUAAUCCAAAUUUCCAUUAUGUUGAAGUCCUUCGUCUUAGGCUUGUGAAAAGCAUCUGCCUGCUGAAAAAUCAAGAGGUGAUUGUCAUAGUGCCAAGGUCCUCCACGCCAUACUUUAUCUCAAUCGCCUCUUUCCAAAAACUGAAAAGCGAAAAGUUGGUCAUUAGAGUCAGUAAUCUAAAAAAUUUUCUUGAGGUUCUAUGCUUUGGAAAGGGCAAUCUUCAUUGAUUUGAUAUUUUGUUUUUUCUCGGAAACAAGUCUUCCCACAAGUUCACUACAUUGACAUUGUCGUAUCAUAAUCUUCUUCUUAACUUCCAAGAGAUCAUCAUCGUCUGCAAGACUAAUGUCUUGGAUCUUGUAUUGCAGGGCCUCCGUGAAACUCCUGUCUUCUUCAGCAACCUCCCCACUGGGAUUACCUUCCUAGAAUCAGUUCCAAGGGAGAAACUUGGGCCAGCUGCUUAUUGAGGGGAUUUUCUAGUUCUGCUAUGGCGACGGAUUUUCUUUGUGUCCCACGCUCCUCCUUUUUCUGUGAUUCCAGGGUAUCUUCCAUCAUAAAAAGUUCCUCUCUUUGUAUUCAUAUCAACAUAUUAACAGAGACAAUCUCCAACAAAUGAAAAAAAGAUCACUCCCUUACCCUAACCGCGGGAGGCUGAUUAGGGUUUCUCAAGCUUUGCGAUACCCCUUUUGUCGUCAGACCGAGAGAAUCUCUCACUCAACUAAGGAAAACCUAUAAAGCACUACUAAACAA